AUGGACAAGAAGAAGCUUAAAGUGACGUCUGACGCCGCGACGAAAGCGGUAAUUCUCAUCUCUGACGACGAACGUGACCUAAAGUCUAAUAUCCAUACGAACUCUCGUCUUGCCGCCUCUAGUUGUCUCAGCAGCAUCUUGAGUGACAGCGACAGUGAUAGUGACAUUAAAGUGGAAGAAAUACUGAGCACCGUGGGCUCCACGUAUAAACCCUGUGCUUCUAAGAAGCUCUCUCAGUCCAAUACACCGUCACGACCUAGGAACAUGUCCAGUCCCUCAAUCGACAAGCUCUUGUCGACGCCUGAGAAGAGCUUAAAGCGAGGAAUCAAGCGACGUGCAACUUCUGGAGCUUCUUCAGUCUUAAGUACGCCUCCUGUUAAUCGGUCGGACGAACUCAAGCCCUUCACGCCGUCUUCAGCAAUCCAGUCGUCCAUGAACGCGUCGCUGGUGUUUGAUAUGGUCACGUCACUUAGUACGAGUGAUCCGGGGGUGGCUAUUGCUACACUACGGAGUGUUGUGGUACUUGGCAAAGAGUAUCCAUCAGAUCUGCUUUACGCUGAGCUUAUUGACCGUAUCCAAAGUCACGAAGCUGUUGCGUACAAGGACGCAGUGGCAAUCUAUGCAGCGCUGGUGUUUGUGUUUGACAAAGCAUUGGCAUGCAGUUGUGCCGUGACGUUCCCGAACAAGUGGGAGCCAUUGGCGACGGCACUGCAGGAAGUUAGCGGGAAUGGGCGUGUCGGGGAAGAUGGAAAGUUUAAGAAGAACGAGAGCUGGCGUCGCAAUUUGCUCGUAGUACAGUUCUUUGUGUACUGCUUCCAGCAAGAUAUGUAUACGUGUCGCUCGCGAUAUGAACGUUUGGAACAGGGGGCGUGGGUGCACCGUACGCGGUUAUUUUCCCUGUUACAGAACGAUGCGGUUGCGUCAAACUCUGCAAAGGCGCGUGCAAAGUCGCGUGCUACGUCCACCAAGCUGCGAAACAACAAGCUUAUUUUCCUCGCUAUUGGUUGGGGAGUGCAGCUUUGGAAACGUGUAUUCGACGAUGAAGACAAAACAAUGAAGAAAGUUAACAUCGCCGAAAACAGUGAGACCAGCCUGUUUCUUCAACAGGAGGGCGAACAAACCUGCCUAGCAGUUGUUCGUCUGAUCGAGAUGCUGUACCUUUGCACCGAUCAGCAAAUAAACGCACUUCAGCGCAUUCAGGCCGGUCUUGCCGAGCUUAUGCGACCGACCCGCAUAAAAUUUGCGCAAGCUCUACAGUCCCCUGUUUUGCGGACGCAGCUGGCAAGCACCAUGAUUGGAUUGUCCAAUAAGUCGCGAAGCACGGAAACGGAGUGGUAUGAGUGCAACGCUCUUGGACGUGUCCAGCUUGCUAUGAAUCCAGGCACUACGAGUGACGUAGCGCACACGGAUGGCUACUCGUGGUCCCACUUUGACAGCUUUAUUAAUCUAAAGCCGAAGAGCAACCUGACGAAACUACUUCAGGAGAUCUCGCGCAUGCAACACUACUAG